AUGUCGACCCCUAGGAUGGCUGUCAUUCUCAUUGACCCUUACAACGACUUCCUCCAUCCAGAGGGCAAGCUCACCUCGUUUCUCAAGGAUCUACAAGCCCGGGAUACAAUCCGGAAUAUGAAACAGCUCGUUACCAAGGCGCGUCUUCAUAAAAUCCCUAUCUAUUAUGGAUUGCACCAGCAGUGGAAACACGAUAGCUUCAAUGGUUGGAGACACAUGACCCCCAACAACGUGAAGCAGCAACGCGUCCAGUUCUUUCAACAGGGCAGCUUUGGAUCCCAGAUCUAUGAUGGCUUGGAGCCCGACCCAGAAAAUGGGGAUGUUGUUGUGAGCAAGCACUGGAAUAGCGAUUCCUUCCAGAACACCGACCUGGACUUCCAGCUAAGACAGCGCGAGAUCACACAUCUUGUCCUUGCAGGACUGACGGCUAAUACGUGCCUGGAGGCGACUGCUCGCCAUGCAUUCGAGCUCGGCUACCACGUUACACUGCUUAAAGACGCUACUGCGGGUUACUCGAAAGAGCUCACUGAUGCGGCCUCGGACUUGGUCUGGCCGUUAUUUGCACGUGUAUUGAGUGUUACUGAAUGGGGCGAUACGCUGGAAGCGAAACGUAUCUGA